AUGCCACCCGAUCGCCUCAAACCCGAAUCACUCGCCCCGCGCGACGAUGCGAACGACAUCGAUGAGCUCCGAGCUCUGAACCGAACACCUCAUCCUUACCACCACCUGAGUGCCGAGCUCCCACAUGCUGCGCAUCGCUUUGCGUUCCCCGCGACCUCUGGGGCGGGCCCAACAUCGGCGCCAUCCCCCGCCCGCUCCGACGACAGCAGCGAGCCGCCGUCGCCGUUCCCUUCAUUCACAAAGGAGUCGACGCCUCUCAGUGACAGCGGUACCGAAGCCGAUGACGAACACUUUCUGAAGGGCUUGCCCGCGCCUAGAAUACCAUCGCACAAGGGGCUUCGCGGGCGCAACGAGCUCAUAUCGGGGACAUCCUCGCCACUCCCCUCGCCAGCAUACUUUGGGAACCGUAGCAGCCAUGGGAAGCUUGGGGAGGGCCAAGAGAAACCGGAAAAGGAGCUCAAUUUCUGGGAAGACCGAAACUACCGGCGCACAAAGGAGCUUAUCCGACGAACCCUCGAGUUCAUCAUCUCUGGAGUUCUUUUCGGUAUUCUUUGGACCAAUGAUACCGUAAGGCUCAUUUUGAGAGAAUGGAAUCAAGUGGCGUUAUCAGCAUCGCUAAUGCUUCUCUACCCUGUGCGCCUUGUUUCAUGGGCGCACCGGAAUCGCAACCCUCCAACAUGGCCUCCGUUCUCCAUACCAACUGUUUUCGACCCAGCAUCCAUAUUGUACCCUCCCUGCAUCACCAUGCUGGUCUCACUUCUUGUGGCAAUGGAUAAUCGUGGGGUUGUGCUCCCCAAUAUCAUCCUGAGCAUCAGCGCCAUACCCAAAUUUUUGAUCCCGACUGCCCAGCCUCUCGAGGUCAUCAGCCCCUUUCAUUGGGCCCUGUCCUGUAUCCCGCUGGCCAUGGCACGCGCACAACCGAAAGAUCUUGUCGCAAAUCUCCGACCAGACAGGCCGACCAUUGAUCCUGAGACGGCUGUCCUGCUGUACCCGUUACACCAAUCGCUCCUGGUGGUGUUGCAUCACAUGACGACGACCAGUCUGCUCACAGCCGAGCUGCAACUCCUCUCGAUCGGGCUCAUCAACGUCCUUCUUCUCGCCCAUUCACCUCAGGCCACCAUAUUGCAGUCACUGCUAUGGGUGGGUGGCGUCACUGUAUUGGCAUUGUGUGGGCCAGUCAUACGAUGGGGCAUCGCCUUGGCUAGGGUACCAAGGCUUCGCUUCAGGCGUACCUCCUUCUCCUCCAACGGGUCAUGGUUUGGCCUGGUCAAAAAUGCACUGUUGCCACAGCGCGUUAAACGCGACUUUUUGCGGUCACCAACCGAAGAAUCCGCGUCCGAAGUGUUUGAUUCAGACGAGGACACAGCAAACGGUCCUCUGAUGAAGCCAUCACGCGUGCGUACCUUCACAGCUAGCGACCUCAACUCGCAUCAGGCUGGUAGUCUAGGCCGUUCAACAUCGGCAAGUGUGCCGUCCCCUUCGGCAAAUGGUUUCGCGUUCGGCAGAACCAGCACGAUGCCCGUCGUGAAUCGUCCUCAGCGCUCCAUGACGCAUACCCACUCGGGCAGGAGGAAACGAACAUCCUCAACUACCGUGCGGUCUUUCUUCCGACUCACAGAAACGCAGGCCACGGUGAAAAAGUGGAUCUACUCAGCGUACGUGCAUGUUGGCAUAGUAUUGAUUAUCUUACUCCCAACAAGGGAUCACAUUGGCCGCUACGCUCUCAGCGGUCAUGAGGCGAUAGGUUGGGCGUUGGGCUACCUAUUCGGCGACCUGCCGUGGUUCAGGUUCCAAGUCGUGAGCAACGACUUAGAGCGCUGGAUCUUUAUCCCUCCGCGUCUGGAUGACGUUCAUGAGUCCUGUCACCUCGGAUGGGUGCAGCACAUACGCCACGCUGACUUUGGAGAGGCAAACACAAGGCUCCUCAUAGGUGUCUACUGGCUAAUCGUCAUCGCAUUCGGGUUGAUCGUCGUGGUCAACUUGGAUCCGAAGUUCGAGGUCGACACGAGGCGUAAAGUCUUUCACUUUAUGAUGGUCGCCAUGAUUCUGCCAACAACCUACGUUGACCCCGUGUUUGUUGGUCUUGCGUUGUCCUUCGCCCUCGCCAUCUUCCUCGUCGUCGACCUUCUCCGCGCCAGCCAGCUCCCGCCUCUCUCGCGCCCAAUCGCAUCCUUCCUCACUCCCUAUGUCGACGGACGCGAUAACAAGGGCCCUGUCGUGAUUUCGCACAUCUUUCUCCUGAUUGGCUGCGCUAUCCCUCUCUGGCUCGCACUCGCGACUCUGCCCCGCAGCUCGUCCGCAAAGCUCGAAGACGAUCCCCUCGCCGGCUGGGAGGUCCCGACCCGCGAAGUCAGCAUGGUCGCGGGCGUGAUCUGCGUUGGCCUCGGCGAUGCCGCCGCCUCGCUCAUCGGCCGCCGUUACGGCCAUAAGAAGUGGAUCUGGGGUGGUGGCAAGAGCCUCGAGGGCAGCGUCGCCUUUGCCGCCGCUGUCUUUGUAGGACUCAUGUCGGCGACGACGUGGCUGCGUGUCGGCGGGUGGCCUGUGGCUGCCAAACAGCAGACGACCUGGGCCGUUGCGGCGCGGAACGCCGGCGUGUGCGGGAGCAUGGCGAGCUUGACCGAGGCGGUGCUCACGGGGGGCAACGACAAUGUCAUUGUACCUAUUGUUCUGUGGACGUGCGUAAAAAGUUUGGGCGUGUAG